AGAUUAGCGGAAGCCGUCGUUCUUUCCGGGUGAGUAAACUAAGCUUCCCCCCCGAUAAUCCAAGAUGGCAGCAGCGAUGGAUGUUGACACACCGAGCGGUGCCAACAGCGGAGCGAGCAAGAAGCGAUUUGAAGUCAAAAAGUGGAAUGCUGUGGCGCUGUGGGCCUGGGACAUAGUGGUGGAUAACUGUGCCAUCUGCAGGAACCACAUCAUGGACCUAUGCAUAGAGUGUCAGGCCAACCAGGCGUCUGCGACAUCGGAAGAGUGCACCGUAGCCUGGGGUGUCUGCAAUCAUGCCUUUCAUUUUCACUGUAUUUCCCGUUGGCUGAAAACCAGACAGGUGUGUCCUCUGGACAACAGAGAGUGGGAGUUUCAGAAAUACGGACACUAGCUGUUAUACUGUUGACUUCUGCAAGCGGCGGCCUCUGCCUUUGUAUCCCCCCCCCUUCCCCCUGCUUAUGAUACUAGAUGUUGUUUUACACAUUUGUUUUGGGAUGUUCCGAGUACCUAAAUAAAGAGUAAUGUUAUCACAAACAGA